CUGAAUGCAGCAGAAGUCGAUAGUCUCCUAUUCCCCCCUAUUCGGCAACGGAACAACUCGAAAACCGAGCUCUCUCGAAUCCAACCCAGUAUUAAACCCAGUCCAACGCUCCGUCAUGCGUUGCACAUGCUCCUUUCUUUCUAAAACCUCCUCUAUACACUCCUUUUCCUACCCAAUCGCUCCCUCCGCCCCAAAAUGGCUCGACAACGCCAACAACGCGCCCAAAAACCCCCUCCGACCAAAGCCUACAAAACGAAACUCGCUCCAAUCCCCGAACCUUUCGUCCCCGCGCCGCCAGAGCUAGAAGAUUUUCUUGCCACUCUCCCCAAGAAAUCCGUCUACAUCACACACAUAGACCGGCAUCCGGCAUACUUCAAACGCAACAUAUUCACAGUUCCGGUACUACUCAACCUCGUAAUCGCGGGAUUGCUGCUCUGGCGCGCAUGGGCGAUAAUACCAGUAUAUUGGGGCGUCAUACUCUCGAUGCUUGGCAACCCGAACGAAUACACCAUCUACGUAGCAGAAUCAACGAAGUGGAAGCUCGUGACGCAGAUUGCUUGGCGAGCUGCGAGUUUCCUUCUAGAUUGGGUGCUUGUGGUAGUUGUGGCGCCGUGGCCAUACACCUUCUUUUAUGAAGGGGAGGAGACGCCGGUGAGCUGGCGGUGGAAGGUUGGGUUUCGGGAUGCGGAGGUAUAUGUGCGGGUCAGUAGGGGCUGGGGGCGGGCGGAUCUACUGGGUGCGGCGAAGGAUGGAGGGAGUGGGAAGAGAGGAGGUGAGAGUCCGUUCUUCAAGGUGCGGAUCCUGCCAGCGAUAGAGAGGAACCGGGUACAGGGCAAGACGGGGUAUUUGCUCAUGGACAAGGAUUGGGAUCUUGAGUUUGCGGCUAUGGUGGAUGCGACAAAGUUACUCGAUCUAGGGGAGUUGAAGGAAGAGUUUCUGGAGAAGAGCGUGUUUGUGUGGUGUGGAGAAGAGGAGGGAGAGGGUCAAUGGGUUGUCUGGAAUUGCUACAAGUUAGACGAGGGUUCGGAGACAGAGGGCAGGAAGCGAAUCGUGCAAUUCAAGGACACGCUCAUGGCGCUUGGGAAGGAGAACCUCUUCUUCCGCUGGAUCGAGCUCAUCCAGUAUGAGAGCAGCCAGCCUGGUGGUUUCACUCCUGAACGGCAGGUUCGGGCCGCCGAGAAAGCAAAACAGAUGUUCGAGGAGCAAGGUGUGGAUUGGGACGAGUUUAUCACAGCCUCCGGUGGACUAGACAACCUGCCCGGAAUGGAACUACAAAAGUGAUUGAAAAGUAUCUAUCAUUUCGGUUAUUCUCGAGUCACCAUGCGGUCGUGAUUCAGGUCUUUCAAGAUGACUGCGAAACCAGCCUAUUUCCAAAGCCCUACACAUCAUAUCCUACACAUCAAAUCAUACAAGUCCUGCCUUCAUUUUCGUCCAGAUGUCCGUGUGCAAGUGUAAGUUGCCCAUCAUAUGCUCGUGAAGGAGGAAUCCAGUGGUAUACCAAAACGCCAGUCCAAUGCUUCCAAGACCGCAACUCACACCUUUCCCC